AUGAGGGGCGAAGUGAAAACUAUGCGGAAACAAAAUGAUGACAAAGAUAAUAGGGACCGUAGGUGUAAUCUCAUAUUCCGUGGAAUAGAACAAACGAAUUCGUCUAAAGAUUGGGAUACGACUGAGAAUAUAAUCAAGGAUUUGAUUAGGGAUAAACUUGGCAUAGUCAAGGAAGUUAUAUUUGAACGUGUGCACAGACUUGCCGGAACCCCGUUCUCUCUUGCUGGACGUCCAAUCAUUGCAAGAUUCUCUUUUUUCAAAGACAAAGAACAUGUCCUACGUAACGCCUUUAAUUUGAAGGGAUCCGAAAUUUCCAUUGAUGAAGACUUCUCUCCAAGAAUGAGAGGAAUUCGCAGUAAAUUACUAGCAAAGAGACGUCAAAUUCUAGCUUGUGAUAGCACCGCCAAAGUUAGACUCAGGUUUGAUAAGCUUUUUGUAAAUUCGGAGUUGGGUAAACGCGUUUAUAUCUAUGACGACGAGUUAAACGUCGUCAAAGAGUUAAUAAGCAUUAACCAACCACAAAGCUAG